GUGCAGGCGUCCGGGCAGUCCCGGCUGGGCGCGGCGAGUCCCGCUCCGCCCUUGCUCUUGGGGGGCGCGGCUCGGACGCGGCGGCGGCGAGCGGGGCCAGCAGGUCUCACUGGCAGGCCGGCCGGGACAGCUGCAAACACCUCGAGCCAGGGCCCUGGACCGGGAAUACUCUCCGGCAUGGAGGGUCAGGAACUGCCUUAUGUGCUAAUUGACUGUAUAGGAGGGAUGCAUGGAGUAUAUGAAGACCAUGUUGGAUUUCUGCAGAAACAUUUUCAUCUCAUCACCAUGAAAGAAUAUCUUGAAAAUAAGACACUUCUCAGCAAAAAGAUCAGAGCUAUUUAUAUGUGGUAUCACAAACCAGUUGUUAACAAAGAGCUGCUCCAGAGCUUGCCAAACUUGAGGAUAGUUGCAAGUUCUGGAGUGGGAAUAGAUCACUUGGACCUGAACCUCCUCUCUAGCUUUGGUGUGAAAGUGUCCAACACUCCAUUUAUUGUUUCCACUGACACUGCAGACCUGGGAAUGGCUCUGAUGCUGGCAUCUUCCAGGAGACUUGUGGAAGGCUAUGAGAUGGCAGUCUCCCCUGACACAGAGUAUUUCCCUGCUGACUGGUUGGGAGUUGAGGUUUCUGGAGCGACCCUGGGGAUUGUGGGAAUGGGCACCAUUGGUUACAAAGUGGCUGAAAGAGCCAAAGCCUUUGAAAUGAAGAUUUUGUAUCACAACAGGAGUCAGAGAAAAAAAGAAGAAGAAAGUGCUGUUGGAGCUGUUUACUGUAAAAAGAUAGAUGAUUUGCUCCAGCAGUCAGAUUUUGUGUUGCUGGCUGUGAACCUAACUCCACAGGCACACAAACUGAUUGGGAAGAGGGAGCUGGAGCUGAUGAAACCCACUGCUACUCUCAUUAAUAUUAGCAGAGGUCUGGUAGUGGAUCAGGAUGCUUUGGUGGAAGCCCUUCAAAACAAAGUUAUUAAGGCAGCUGCUCUGGACGUGACAUAUCCUGAACCUUUGCCAAGGGAUCACCCUUUGUUAAAGCUGAAGAAUGUCAUAAUAACUCCACACAUCGGAAGUGCCACCAAGAAGACACGCCGCAUUAUGAUGGAGGAAAUGACAGAAAGCAUACAGGCGGGCAUUGCAGGUCUUCCUAUCCCUCAUGAAGUGUUGCCAUAACGUGGCUUGCACUUAGCAUUAAUGCCAUUAGUGGUUAUCCUGGCAUGACAAAACAGUAAUUUGAUCACUUUUCAUGUAAUUAUCCCAUGAGUAUUAUACGGAUAAAAUAUAUAAUGUUUAAUUUGUUUAAAUAACAGACAGCAAUUCUGUCUGGAAAACCUGUAGUAUUUUGUCGUGACCUUCAAUGAAAAACCCCAGAGUCUUG